UUUCUGAUUAAAGCAGAUAUAAUAUCCAACAAAAGCGGAAGUACCUAUCACUUGUCUACCUUUAACUUUGCAACUGCAUCUAACAAAUAUUUAACUUGUCCCAUCCUUAUGUUUCUUAAGCGUUUUAAGUACAAAAAACAACUUUAAUCUUGUUCAAAUGUACAGUGUGUUCAUGGAAUAAUAUUAGAUACCAAAAAAUGCAGCUGAUAUUAAAGAUAUAUCUUGGAAUAAUUUACUUGUUAUCUGAGGUGAGCAGACUGACGGACAGUUUCAACUGUGACAUAUGUCAUGACGUAGAUCGAUGUGAUACCGUAAGAAAAACAUUCCGUGUGACUAACUUAGGGAGGGGCUAUCAUCCAGUGGUGACGUUACCUCGCGGAGCGUGCGGUAUCAAUGUCACAGAACUUGGACACAGUAAUAAUGUUCUAGCGUUAAAGGAUGUAAGGCGCAAUGAUAACAUCAUAAACGGAUUAUGGUCCAUGGAUAAUGCUGGCGAUUAUGAAGGAGCAGGAGUGACAUUUUACUACCGGAAAUCGGAGGGCUCGUGUCCUGGAGAAUGUGUUACUGCACGUGGACCUCUUCUAAGUCAAGUUCUAGUUCAGCUGUUGUACCAUGAAGAAAAUAAAGGAGUUUUCUAUACAUAUAAGUUGCCAAAACAUUUUAAACCAGACUCUCAAGACUAUGAGCACGCGACCGCUCGUCCCAGCACGUCUGAUAGAUCCGAAUUGCGGGAAGGUGAAAUCGGGUACCAGCCAAUUCCGGAAACAGAAACUGAGAGCGAGGCUGAUAAAAACGAAGAUAAACAUCCAGUCUUUCCGCCAAGAGUGCCUAUUCCUGGACCAGGAAGUAUACGUCAUCGUGGUCCCGUAUUUUCUUCGGAUUUCUCUCAUCGUUGGCGGACCUCAAGUCGUUUGAAUUAUAACCGAGUCCGUGGAAAAGAGAACAAUCGACAACGUCAGGCUUUGACGGAUGUAACCUUUUCACGUGGCAUGGAUGAUGAUACUUACAGACAGGAGAAUGUUGAGACAGGGGUAUAUGUCAAUAAUGGCACUGACGAAGGGUCAGGGGAUGGUGUUAUAUCAGUUUUAGAAGAAUAUAUCUGGAGAUCGACAGAAAACACCGAGUGUUCGAGGCCAUGUGGCGGAGGAAUUCAGGAAUAUAGCUACGAAUGUGUGAAUACCACAACAUUGGCAAUUGUAGAUGAGUCAAAUUGUGAUAGUUCAGUGAAACCGGAAGUACAGUUUAGUGUCUGCAACGCGGAGCCUUGUACUCCACAAUGGGACACAGGCGAAUGGUCUGAGUGUAGCGUUACAUGUGGUGAAGGAAUGCAGUAUCGCAAUGUCACGUGUCAACAGCGGAUAUCCGCUACUUAUACCCAGCAGUUAGAUGACGGGUACUGUACAAGCUCGAAACCAGUGCAGCGGAAAGAGUGUUACUUGAGAACAUGUUACAGCUGGGUCAAAGGAGAUUGGAGCGAGUGCUCAGUAGACUGCGGUAUUGGUAUUCGCCGUCGGAAUGUCCAGUGCCUUGAUGAUACUGGCAUGGUAGCUGAUAAAACAUUUUGUGACCAAUCAGAGCCUGAGGCAAAUAUAUCAUGUGACAUGGGAGCAUGCGCAACACACUGGUAUUUUUCACAAUGGAAUGGUAAGUGUUCUAGAGAUUGCGGGACAGGUGUUAUCUCCCGUAAUGUGCAUUGUGCGACGUCAACUGGUCAAAUAUUGCCCGACGUAAGCUGCGAUGGUACCUCCAAACCAGCGGCAGAGAAACAAUGUAGGAUUGACUCAGAGUGUGGUGGAAAAUGGUUUUCUGGACCCUGGAGUCAGUGUUCUCGGUCAUGCGGUCUAGGUGAGAAAUCCCGACAAGUUGUUUGCAUGGUAUCUAUGGGAAGCCGGCUUGUACCUAGCGCUAAAAGUAACUGCAACGCCGGGGACAAGCCUAGAGAACGAAAGGAAUGUACGGAAGCAGAGUGUGGAUUCACAUGGUAUACUACCGAAUGGUCUUCAUGUUCCCAUAGCUGCGGGGGUGGAGAGAGCACACGGUCUGUAAAAUGCUAUGAUGACAAAAUGGAACCUUCUUCUAUGUGUCACGAGGAUGAUAAACCAGAGAACAGACAAACCUGCAAUACUGAUGAGUGUUGGACACCAAGGCCAAGAACUAGUACUGGUUGUGUAGAUAUGUACCCAAACUGUGAUGUUGUAGUCCAAGCCCGGCUGUGUAGAUACCCUUACUACCAGAGAAAAUGUUGCAUAUCCUGUUCGGCAGUGGAUGGACUCUAUAUAUCAUAUCCACGCCUUUAACGUAUCAAAGCGAGGCGGAUAUUUGACUUAAACACCAAACACUGACAGCUAUUCAUAAGCCAAAAACAUGCCAAAAUAUCGUUGUUGUAAAAGAAACGAUGUCGUUUAGUCGUACUACGUUACGGUUGUUAGAACAUAUCUUUUUUCUAUUAUAUGGCACACCCUCAAUUUAGGAGAUACUGGUGAAAAUACUUAGAACGAAAUUGAAAUCUUUGAUAAUAAUAAUUAUCUUAAUAUAUAGCUUUAGAAACAUUCAAACAAAUACCUCACAAUAUAUUGGCGCUACGUUAAUUUCCACAUAGGUUUAUACAGCUUAUUCUUUGUGGUUGGUGUCUGAGCUCUGAUACAUAUUUUUUGGAGGAAUCAUUAUCAUUUUUACAUAAAAAUCAUCUUGUUAUUUCAUUUUAUCACGCACAAUUUAUUAAGACAAAAAAUCAGCGCUGUUCGCUGUUUUCAUUACCGUUGGCGGACUGCGUAACGUGGCCGUUCUACUGUGCACACACAGGCAGCUAUCAUUGUGAAUUCCCUUAAAUCAAAGAAAAAUAUACAUAAGUAGAAUUGCAGGAUUGUAGUAUAAAAGUAUUUUGGUCAGAAAUCCGGACAUUAAACCUCUGUUACUAUUCACUGUCCGUAAGUAUUGGCCUGGCACUUCUGAAUAUUUCGCAAUUUCAGUGUCCGAAAGUAAACUGCGAUAUAACUAAUGCAUAUACUUGUUUACUAUGUAUAUGCGGCUGUAUGGACAAAACGUUUAGCUGCCAGUUUCCAGGUUGUGUGUUCGAGUCCUACGCCUGACCAUAUCAUUUGUUUCAAAUUUUAUCUGCAAACCUAACAGCCGGGCAAAUUGCCACACUUAUCUGAUCAAACUUAUCAUGAUUUUGUAGUUUAUUAAUUUGAAAAAAAAAAUCACUUUUAUUCAAGUACCCCGUUGAAAAUGCGGAAUGAAAAUCAUUGAAACAUCUUUAGUCAGAUGAAAAGACAAACUACUUGUUACCAGCGUUUCCAGAAAAUAGAUACUAUAAGAGAAAAGAAUUAGAAUGCAUGAAAUAUGUUACAUAAAAUGAUGUCAGAAUAAAUGAAAUAUUGAUAAAAUUACAAUAGUUUUAAACAGCAAAAUGGUCCGGGGUGAUUCAAACCCGUGUGUACGUGCGUUUAUGCCUUGGGUACGUGCAUUUAUGUCAAACACUUUACCACUACACCACCAUGUCAUCGGUUACUUGUAUUGGUUAUUUUAGUGAUAUAUAAAGGAAAUUUGUUUGUUUCAGUGUAAGAUCAAAAUAUAUUUUACCGAGCGAACACUAUAAUGCAAAAUUUUCACGAGUGGCGCAGCCACGAUGAAAAUAUAAAUUAUGGUGUUCACGAGUGAAAUUUAUUUCGAUCUUACACUGAAACAAACAAAUUUUCUAUUUAUUUUAAGCAUUUUUAAUGUUUUUAACCUAAUUAUAUUCAGUUUGUCCGCGCAACGUCACGUGCAUCGCAUCAUAACAUCAUAAUGCCGUGACGUCAGGAUGCUUUGUAGAAAAAACUAUAAAUAGUUAUAUUACCUUUCCUGAUUUCUUUACAUCUCAUUAUGAUAAAAUGCAAAUAUUUAUGAUCCUUUUAUAUUUUUAUACAUCUUUACGCAUACUGAAGAAUAUUUUGCAAGUAAAUUCCUAUCUUUUAUAACUCAUAUCAUUUCGCAUUCAAAUGUAGUUCCGUACCAGUGAAAAAUAAAAAAAGAUAUUUUCACUGUUUGAAACAGUGAAAAUAUCAAUUUUAUUUCGCUGAUAAAUUUCAGUAUAUCACAGAAGAGCAUAAAUAUACUUAUAAUUAUAAUAGUAAUAAUAAUAAUAAUAAUAAUAAUAUUAUUAUUCAUUUAAAAGCUAACUACACAUAUAUAAUUACAUAAACAAACAAAAAGAUAUAGAGGAUAUUUGUUUGUUUCAGUGAAAUAUCAAUUUUAUUUCACAAGUGAGCAUCAAAAACUGAUAUUUUCACGAGUGGCGUAGCCACGAGUGAAAAUGACUUUUUUUGGUGCUCACGAGUGAAAUAAAAUUGAUAUUUCACUGACACAAACAAAUUUUCUUUUUAUUUUAUGUGUAAAACUCUACCUUUGUCACGUUAUUUAUAAAAUGUCGAAAAUCGCGUGAAAGAUCAACAGAAAGCAUAACACAAAUGACGUAAUUUUAACGACGUCAUCGUCAUUAUUGUCCCCCGUAUUCAUAACGCUCGGUAUACAAUUUGACUUCAGUCGCGACGGAGGACCGGAACUAGUUCGGCAAAAACAGUGAAAAAUAAAAAUGAUAAUCUACUGUUUCAAAACGGUGGAUUAUCACUUUUAUUUCACUGAGAAAACUCUAUAAUUCACUGGAAAACAUAAAAUAAAAACACUUAAAUAAGAAUUACAAAUUAUAGAAAAACUGCAGUCAAGCGGUGAAAAAGGGGACAUUGAAGCAACAGUAAGGGGAGGUAAUAAAAUGGCAAUAAACUACUCUCUACAAAGUCCCACCUAUUAAAGUAAUUAUGCAUGAUUUUAUCACGUCUAGAGGUAAAAAGUGCAUGGUUUGCAUGACAUACUAUGUACAUAGUCACAUAAGACUUUAGCGGGGUUGUCUCCAUUUCUUCCAAAUAUUUUACCUAGGAUCACUUUUUUUCAGCUCAAAAAACUCUUUUUCAGAAAACGAAUUCUUAAAUAUGUUUCAGACUGUGAAUUUGAGGCAGUUAGCUACACAUACAUCUAAUAAAUAGUACUUGCAGUUUAUAUAUUUAGUAAAAAAGGCAAAUUGUUAAAAGCUGUAAUAUAUGCUACUGUUGCGAGUAUUGAACUCUUUUAGGAGAAAAUGGUGCUAUAUAAUAAUAAUUACUAUGUAUACGUUAAAUAAUCAAUAAAAGAAAUAUAUGUAAAAAAAAGCUCA